AACAGAGGGGCACAACCCCCCAGCAGGGAAACAGAGGGGCACAACCCCCCCCAGCAGGGAAACAGAGGGACACAAAAGACUCUGGGUCAUCCCACCAUGGAUGGCGCAGGAGAGCAGGCCCCUGUUAAAGGCAGUGUGGAGAUGAAGGGGGUGCAGAGGGUGGAGUUGGGGACCCUGCUGCAGGUCACCCAGGCCUUGGAGGCGGUGGUGGGCCCGUGCUUCGGUCCGUCCGGGGGCCAGGUCCUCUUCACCCGCGACUCUGGAGAGGUCCUCAUCACCAGGGAUGGCCGGAGGAUCCUUACCUUGCUUCGGCUUGACCAUCCCGUUGCCAGAGUCCUGGUGGGAUGUGUAUCAGCACACUGUAAGAUCACGGGUGAUGGAGCCAAGUCCUUCCUUCUCCUGCUGGGGGCGCUUCUGCGGGGUAUCCACGGCGACCAUCUCCACGGCAUUCAGGCCCGCCGCGUGGCUCACAUUCUGCUUUCCUUCCAGACGCUCGUUUUGGAUGGCGUGAUCGGGCAGGGCCUCGCCCCUCGCGCCCUGUCCCUUCUCCAGGACCCCGCCCACCUGCGCCCGCUCACGGACGCCUACUUCCGGGGAAAGACGGCGAGCUCCCACUGGGGGGUCCUGAGCCAGACGGCCUGCGAGUUCUACCGCAGGUGGCGGUGUGAGCAGGACUGCACCGGCGUGACCCUGAUCGCCCGCCACUUCGCCGCGCUCCACACGCCCGUACCAGGCCUGCCCGUGAGCCGGUCCCGGGUCCUCCAGGGCCUGGUGAUCCACAGAGACUUUGCGGUGCGUUGCCCUGGCGACGGGCCGCUCCGAGCGCUGGCCACAAGCGUGCCGCUCCAGUCCCCUCUGGCGCCCCCUGGCGUCUCUCUGAACCUGGCGAGCGCGGCGCAGGCGCAGAGGUGCUGCGGCGGGGUGGGCGGGAGGGCAGAGCGGGGCGUGGCCUGCCUGCGCAGGCUGAGGGUGGGGCUGCUGCUCUCGGCAGCGAAGCAGUCGGAGCUGGCGCUGGACCUCGCUCGGCGGGCCGGCCUGUCCGUGGUGGAGUGCGUGGACAGUGACGAGCUGGCGCUGUUCUGUCGGCUGGCGGGGGCGGAGCUCUUUGCCGACCCCGGUGACUGGAGCCUGAUUGGAGAGGAGCACGUUGCCACGGUGACAUUCUGCAAGCCCGUGGUGCUGGGUCCCGACAGGUUGGCCCACGUGGGCUUCCCAGAGGGGCGGGGCUUGGCACCGCACUGCCUGGUUCUGUGCGGGCCCAGUCCCGGCCUGGCGGAGCAGUGCAGCACGGCCUUCUGCGGACUGUUCCGGAUGCUUCAGCGCGUGUACGAGCCUGUCCUGUCGCAUCACGCACAUGGUCCUGUCCAAUCACAUCACCCGCAGGGCAGGGAGGAGGACAGUGAGAACGUAGCUCAUUACAUGGUCAAACAACCCGGCCUACACAAUGGCACAAGGUUAGAUAGAGCACCCGCCAGCAUGAGGGACAAUGCCCACCUGAGCACUGACAGCACAGAGGCUGGAGGGCCACAGGCCAUUAUUGGGGACCCAAACAGGGGUGAGGGGCCACAGGUCCUCAUUAGCGACCCAAGCAGGGGUGAGGGGCCACAGGCCCUCAUUAGUGACCCAAACAGGGGUGAGGGGCCACAGGUCCUCAUUAGUGACUCAAACAGGGGUGAGGGGCCACAGGCCCUCAUUAGUGACUCAAACAGGGAUGAGGGGCCACAGGUCAGCAUUAGGGACCCAAACAGGGGUGAGGGGCCACAGGUCAGCAUUAGGGACCCAAACAGGGGUGAGGGGCCACAGGUCAGCAUUAGGGACCCAAACAGGGGUGAGGGGCCACUAUGUGCAGAACCUGAACAUCCAAUUCCAGCCUGGCUACGAAAUGGCAAGGCAUCAGGAGAGCGGCCAGGCGUCCAUUUUGGGGAAGGGAAAGAAGGAGCAUUGGGGAACCGUACCCGAGAAACAGGCCCCGCCUCUUCAGGUGUCCUAAUAGAGGCAGGCAGCGUGCUACCAGCAGGGGGCGCGUUUGAGUUCGUACUGCACCACUGCCUCCUGCAGCAGGCCUCCCAGCGGCGCUGCCCCGACCUGCGCGCGGCCUGCCGGCUGGUGGCGGGGGCCGUACUGAGCGUGCCCAGGCGGCUGUACCCCGGCCCACGCUUCCUGGAUGCCCAGUCACACUUCCUGAGGGCCUCUGGGGCCGCCCCCCCCAGCUGGAGGGUUCGGGGGCUGGAGUCCCUGGCCUGUAAAUACCAGCUCCUCCUCUCCGUCCUGCACACUGCGUCAAGCCUGCUGUCCGUGGACCUCAUCCUUCACACCCACAUCCGCAGCCAGGCGGAACACAGCCAGGAGGAGGAAGAGGAGGCAGAAGAGUAGAAAUGUUCUGUCAAUCCUGUUUUUCAUUAUGCACAAAUUUGAAUGGCUGUAUGUAUUUAUACAAGUUCCAGGUCCUCCCAUGUGAUAGUAUAUUCAUACCUUAAGUAUGUGAAAUUGGGGCGGCAGGUAUGCCAUCCUGCAAAGUUACGUGUUGGUGGGGUGGCAUGCCCCAUACAUAUACAGCACCGAGAGUUCGGCACUUUUCAGGGUUUCCUUAC